AUUCAGACAAGUUCUGUAUAAUCCUCGAUACCAGAAAUAAACACUGCAGAAGAAAUAAAUUUUCAUUUAAAUUUCUAAGUGUUUUCUGUCCACAUUUAUUUGAUAAAAAUUCUGAAUUGUUAUUAACAAGUAAAAUACUCUUCCAAUUUGUACAAGUUUGAGUGAUAACAUCAGAGAAACUGGACUUUUCAGUAGAUGAAAAUUCUCCCCCAUUGUUCUAAAGGAGGAAUAAAAAAAAUUACGCGCAGUCCGAAUUGUAGUGUUGCCCCAUAGAUUAAAUCUCUUGUCAGAAGUUUCCGAGUUAAUUUUCUAAUCGAAUGUCUACAGAUACAACUGCAUCGUUGCUACUCAAGAAGCAACUUGCAGAACUUAUGAAAAGUCCUGAUUCUGGAUUUUCUGCUGGUCUUGUCGACGACAAUGAUAUUUUCAAAUGGGAAGUCCUCAUCAUAGGACCUCCAGAUACUCUUUAUGAAGGUGGAUUUUUCAAAGCACAUCUCUACUUCCCAAAAGAAUAUCCAUUGAGACCACCAAGAAUGAAAUUUGUAACGGAAAUGUGGCAUCCAAACAUUGAUCAGAAUGGUGACGUUUGCAUAAGUAUCUUACAUGAACCUGGCGAUGACAAAUGGGGAUAUGAGAAGGCAUCUGAACGUUGGCUUCCUGUUCAUACUGUCGAGACAAUUAUUAUAUCCGUUAUAUCAAUGUUAGCCGAGCCGAAUGACGAGUCACCAGCCAAUGUUGAUGCAGCAAAGCAAUGGCGAGAAGCGUAUCCAGAGUUUAAACGUCGUGUUGCUCGUUGUGUACGCAAAAGUCAAGAAGAAUAGAAUAAUCAAUUUUUUCAAAUCAAAAAUUCUUAUUAAACUACAACAUCAACCAGCCUACUAGAUAAGAACUCUUAUCCAGCUCUUUCCACAUCUUUUCCCUUCAUUCGAAAUAAAAAAUACACAUAAAAUAAAAAAUUUAAAUCAUUAGAAUUAUACAAAUAGAAAACAAACUUUAUGCCGGAAAAUUUUAAUUUUAUUUAAAAAUUUAUGUCACCAUAAAUAAUUUUUUUAUCAACCAUUAUUCUUCAUUCGAUAAACAUUUUGCGCGACUUGAAUAGACAAACAAACUCCUUAUUAUUCACAUGAUGUGAUUCGUGAUUUCACAAUCAUUUUUCAUCUCAACAUAGGUAUUUUCAGUGCUUUCUUUUACAACUUUAAGAACCCUUAAGAAUUAUUAGCUGAAAAACUAUUAUGAAAAUCAAAGUGCAAAGAAAUCGAAAAGUUUUAGAAGCGUGCGUAUGUUUGAUAGAUUAUUAUGAAUUUAAAACAAGAUUUAUAUUGAUCAAGCUUUCAAUUCAUUUAUUUAGUAUAAAAUGAAUUUUUUUAGUUCUAAUCUUUUAUGUUGUUUCGUCUUUCUUUAAAUUCAAUUUGUCACAUUUGUAAUCGACUCCAAAUCAAGUAGCCAACAGAUCAGGCUUUGUUUAAAAUUAUGAUCCUUUUGCCGUGGAAACUUUAUAACAUAUGAGAAACGGAAGUGAAAUCUUUUUUCUAAUAAAAGGAAGAAAAAAAAAUAUUUUGAGUAAAAGGAGAAUGAUAAAGAAAACAAAACAAAAAAACAUUUUUAAUAAAUAAAAAAAUACGAAUAAAAACCGUGAAAAUUGAAGUUUAAAAUGAUUGAUUUGAUUUUAUUUUAAUAGGUAGGUAAUUUGGGAGAAUAAUGUAUGAAGCACAGAAAUGAAGUUUUGGUAAAUAUGAACAUAAUCAAUUUCAAAUUUUACAGUGAGUUCUACUUCCAGUAUUGAUCGCAGUUCUUUAUUCCUUGUGAUAAUGGUGACAUACUAAAUUUGGACGUAUUUUGAAGUUCUUUUCACUGAUCAAAGAUCAAUGACUGCAUCUCUCACUUUAAUAUAUUUACCAUUUUUAUAUAUUACUUAUUGUUCAAUUACAUAUAGUAAUCCUUAAAAUAUGACAUUGUGUCUUUAAAAAGCGAGUUUUUUCAUGAGGAGAUAAAUUUUCUGAUCAAUUUCAAAGCCGUGGACAUUGUUGGCAUCGCCUUGGAGUCUCAUAAGGAGUCCACCAAAUGAAACAAAUGCGGAGAGACGGCUUGAUGCUUCUGAAUCAUCACCUUCUAUUCUGUAAACUUGUCCGAACAUAACAUACUCAAAGCUAUCAGCGCGGGAUCCUUCGAUUUCGCUCACUAAAUAUUCCUGACUCGCUGGCCUUCCAUCUUCUUGUAAAGUUGUUGCCAGUACUAGACGAAAUUUAUCGCCUAAUUCCAUAGGAUAAAUCCAAGAAUUUAUAUCUAAUAUUAAGUCCAUUUUGAAAGAUUCUGAUUCGCAGUGUAAUCGAGAAACUCUGUCAAAUUUUUUUCCUUCUGGAUCCAUGUCUUUAACGUUAAAGAUGUCUUCAAAUAGAAUUCCGGACAUAUUGUGUUGAACUUGCUACUUAAUUUUAAUAUGAAUACUUUUUUUCCUCGUGCAACUGUUUGUUUAAUGAAAACAAGCAGUUAAGUGAAAAUGUCCGUAGGGUGUUCAACUAU